AUAGCUCGUGGCUAUUCUUUGUCAAACUUGGCUGGUCCGGCUGGGAGAAAUAUUGUAGACUGGUUUAUCUUCCUAGCCGUCAUGGGCUUGGCUGCAAUCUCCGUGAACCCAAAAAUUACAUUACCAAAUGGGGAGAGAGGGGUUCAAACUCCAGGUACCAUCAAAACAUAUGAGGAGACGUGGAUAUUUACUGGCUGUUUUACGGUCAUCUUGCUGGCAAUCUACUGUCUGAUAGCCAUUCUUCUCGACAAACUCCUAUAUGAUGGGAGGCUGUCUCAACCGUGGCCUGAGAAGAGAAGUCCCCAACCGUCAAAGAAAAUCGAGAACCAACAACACGAUACCAGCCAACAAACUGCGGUUUCUAUCUACUCAACUCCGAAGAAUGCGUCAAAUUCAACGGAUAUCGAGAGUCCUACCGAUGACGUUACAUUCUUGUGGAAGCAGAUGGUGCUCAUCAGACAACAGCACCAGGAAUUACAACUACUCGAUGGCUCAUCCAUUCAAGAUAUUAACGCGGCUUACUUCAAGCUUGUUCAUGUGGAAUCUUUAUUACAACCUCUCUUACCUGUUUUGGAUGGGAUGCUCGCCCGCCAAAAACCAGGCAGCCUAAGCUCAAAAAUUAUCCAAACUUACCGUUUGGCAAUUGAUGAUGCCAUAAAGAAGAUUCGGUCUCAGACCUUUGAUAUCACGGAUCAAUAUAACAAUAUCAAAUUUUCCCAUAUGAUGUCAAGCCAAGUCAACCUCAACGAGGCUGCCGAAGGAAUCGUCUAUUCUGCAGAAAAGUAUAUGCACAUUCGGCUAGAUAGACAACAAGUCGCGGAGGAACUGAUAGAGACCGAAGAGGAUGUCAAUAUAUUGGACGAACGUUUGCACUUCAAGAUGGAUGAAGAUAACUCCAAUGACUUCUCGGGCCAACUGGAGACACAAGUAGCUAUUCUGGUGCACAGAAUCAAACAA